AUGAGAGCACUCGAAGACUUCUACGAGAAGAGCUACCCAGAAUUCGUCUCACUCCGUACCAAAUGUAAAGAAAUCCUUCAAGAAGAAGAAGACUUGUCGGAAAUUGUCCAACUCGUCGGUAAAGCAUCGCUCGCCGAGUCCGACAAGAUCACACUCGAAGUCGCCAAAAUCAUCAAGGACGAUUUCCUCCAACAAAACGGUUACACACCAUACGAUCGUUUCUGCCCAUUCUACAAGACUGUCGGUAUGCUCAAAAAUAUGAUUGCCUUCUACGACUUGGCUCGUCACUCGAUCGAAACUACCGCUCAAUCUGACAACAAGGUCACAUGGGCUAUUAUCAAGGAUCAUAUGGGAGAUCUUUUGUACCAACUUUCAUCCAUGAAAUUCAAGGUGAGCUAGAUCCUUUCAAUCCUAAAACUAAUUUUCAAAAUCAAUUUUCCAGGACCCCGUUGCUGAUGGUGAAGCCAAGAUCAAGAAGGACUAUGAUGAUUUGUUGGAAGCUAUGCAAAACGCUUUCAGAAACCUCGAAGACUAA